AUGGAAGACCACAAAGAGAAGAUGUCAGUUUCUAAUGAUUCAGAAAUGAAGGUUGAGUUGCAGCCAGAGUCGGCUGAGCCGGAUGUGGACAGCCACGCGCCGGGAACGGGCGGCGGCCGCCCCAGUCUCCUAUGGCGGUUGAAGAAGAAAGAUAUGCUAAUGAGAGGGUCGUUGGCGUUAAGAGGAAUUGCUCUGUUUUUGUCAUUGAUUUCCUUUAUCCUUGUCGCUAGUAACAAGCAUGGUGAUUGGAAAGAAUUUGAAUUGUACCAAGAAUACAGGUACUUGCUGGCUGGAGCAAUUUUAUCUAGUUUGUACACUGGACUUCAAGUGUUUCGUCAACUUCAUGAACUUUCCACUGGACAAAACCUGAUUCAGUUAAGAACUGCAGGAUUGAUUGAUUUUGUUGGAGAUCAGGUUGUGGCAUAUCUCUUGAUAUCAUCAACGUCUUCAGCGAUUCCAAUAACAAACAGAAUGAGAGAAGCCGCAGACAAUAUAUUUACAGACUCUUCAGCUGCAGCCAUUGCCUUUUCCUUUUUGGCCUUUUGGUGUGUGGCACUGUCAGCUGUCAUAUCAGGACAUAAACUAUCUACCCAAACUUAUAUAUAAAUAAAUAAACAUCCUUAAUUGAUUAAAGUUUCUUCUAUCAUGUUUCAACUUCCACGUAUUGGUAGAUUUGUGUGAGAAAGUGAGUGUAAGAAACUAAGAAUCCCCAACCCCCCUCCCCUCCAUUUUAAGUAUGUGCAUGGGCUGCAAUAAGAUAUAUGAGAUUGUACUGAUAUUUCAUAUAAUAAUACAACUUUUUUUUGUGUACUAUUUGACACUA